UCUUGGGUUGUUCACCGGGUCGGGUCGGCGCCGCAGAGGUGAGGGAUAGGAAGGCAGCUGCAAGGAGGCCCCGUGAGGCUGGACGAGCCCGUUAUUGACUUCGGUGCCCUGUUCCCGCCCCAUUUGCCCGUCUCUUUCCACAGGCUGGUGGGGCUGCGCAGAUGAGCCCGACUGAGGGUCCCAGGGCAGUGGCAGAAAUGCUUAUGGACCCUGCACAGGGUUGUGUGGUCUUUGAGGAUGUGGCCAUAUACUUCUCCCAGGAGGAAUGGGGGCUCCUGAACGAGGCUCAGAGACGCCUGUACCAUAAUGUCAUGCUGGAGAACUUGGCACUGUUGUCCUCCAUAGGUUGUUGGUCUGGAGCCCAGGAUGAGGAGGCACCUUUGGAGCAAGGUGAUUCUGGUGGAGGUUCACAAGUCAGGACUCCAAAGUCAGCUCUGUCCACCCAGAAGACCCAACCCUGUGAGAUAAAAGACAUGUUGCAACAGGCUGAGCACUAUGGAAUGUACCCUGAGCAAGGGCUGCACAUUCGUGGGACAGAUCUUUACCAACCCCAGGUGGAACAGAUAGGAGACAAGGUGUCUGGAAGAGAUGAGGAGAGGCCUUCACUUGUGACAGAUGGCAGCGUUCACAUGUCACAGAGGCCCUUCAUGUGCAGCGAUGGUGGGGAGGACUUCCUAUCCAGGGCAGGCCUCCUCCAGCACCUGGCUCCUCACCAUGGGUGGAAGCCACCUGGAGACACCAAAUGCAGAGAGGCCUUUGAAACUGGACAAAAUGAUUACAGUUGCACUCAGUGUGGGAAAAGCUUCAGCCGAAAACAGAUACUUGUUCAGCACCAGAAAAUCCACACUGGAGUAAGGCCUCAUGAGUGCAGCAAGUGUGGGAUGGCCUUCAUUAGAAAGUUCCACCUUGUUCAGCACCAGAGGGUCCACACUGGAGAAAAGCCUUUUAAGUGCAGUGAAUGUGGGAAAUUCUUUAGGUACAAGUCCACACUCAUUGGUCACCAGAGAGUCCACACUGUAUCAAGCCCUUAUGAGUGUAGCAAAUGUGGUGAAUUCUUUAAGUACAAAGCAAACUUCACAAAACAUCAGAGAAUUCACAAUGGAGAAUGGCCUUAUGAAUGCAGAGAAUGUGGAAAAUUCUUUAGGUACAACUAUAGACUGAUAAGACAUGAGAGAGUUCACACUGGAGAAAGGCCAUAUAAGUGCAGCGAAUGUGGGAAAUUUUUCAGGUACAGCUCCACAUUCAUCAGACACCAGAGAGUUCACACUGCAGAAAGGCCUUACGGUUGCAGUGAAUGUGGCAAGUUCUUUCGGUACAACUCCACACUCAUCAAACAUCAGAGAGUCCAUACUGGAGAAAGGCCCUAUGAAUGCAGUGAGUGUGGGAAGUUCUUUAGGUACACUUCCACACUCAUUAGACAUCAAAGAGUUCACACUGUUGAAAGGCCUUAUGAGUGCAGCUUAUGUGGGGAAUUCUUUAGGUACAAGUCCAAGCUCAUUAAACAUUGGCAAAAUCACACUGGAGUAAGGCCUUAUGAGUGUGGCGAAUGUGGGAAAGCCUUUAGGUACCACUGCAGACUCAUUAGACAUAAGAGAGUUCACAGUGGAGAAAGGCCAUAUGAGUGCAGUCAAUGUGGAAAGUUCUUUCGGUACAACUCCAACCUCAUUAAACAUUGGAGAAAUCACACUGGAGAGAGGCCUUAUGAGUGCAGUGAAUGUGGGAAAGCUUUUAGCCACAAACAUAUACUUGUUGAGCAUCAAAAAAUCCACACUGGAGAAAGGCCUUAUGAGUGCAACAAAUGUCAGAAGGCCUUCAUUAGAAAAUCCCACCUUGUUCAUCACCAGAAAAUUCACAAUCAGGACAGGCCUGUGAAAUCCGUGAAUGUGGGGAAUUCUUCAGAUAUGACUCCAACCUCAUUAAAUACAGUUAACACUGGCAAAGACCUUAUGAGUGCAGAGAAUAUGGUAAACCUUUUAGAUACAACUCUAAAGUCAUUACACUGGAGAAGCGCCUUAUGAGUUCACAUUGGAUUAGGGCCUUCUGAGUACAGUGAAUGUGAGAAAGUCUUUAGAUGCAACUCCAGCCCCGUUACACAUCAGAGUUCACACUGAAGAAAGACCAUGUGAGUGUACCAAAUAUGGGCAUUAAUGUGUUCAGCCAAGACUCCAACCACAUUGUGACACUAAAAAGUUCAUGUUAGAGAGAGAAUUGCAAAUGAUGAGCCAUAUGUCUGCUCUAAUUUACCCCUAGGAACUACUGUAAUAUAGAUUAUUUUAUAUUUUGAAUUGUGGUAAAAUACAUAUAACAAAGCUUAUCCUCCAGCAUUUUUAUUGUACAGUUUAGUAAAGUUAAGAAGUCACAUAUUUGUGUAACUAAUCUUCAGCUUUUUAUCUUACAAAACUGAAACUCUGUACUCAUUUAACAACUCCUGCACUUACUCUACUGCACCAGGCAACCACCUACAUUCUGUCUCUCUGAAUUUGACUAGUCUGGAUUCUUCAUACAAGCGUAAUUAUACAGUAUUUGUGUUAUUGUGACUGGCUUACUUUGCUUAGCAUAAUAUCCCCAUGUUGAUACAUUUGUCAGCAUUUCCUUCUAUUUUGAGAAGGAAUCAGAGUUGAUUCACUUGCAACGUGGGGAACGGUGCCGAUGGAGUCAGUACAGCUUUGCCAGAUGUUAGGAUAUUUCUAGAGGAAGAGGAGAUCUAGAUUUUACAUGGAAUUUUAAUUUAACAACUUUAUUGACACAUUGAAAUAAAUUACAUUUAUUAAAAGUGUAAACUAUAUUUUCAUAUAUGUGUGCACAAUGGGACUGUCACCAAAGUCAAUGUAAUGAAUAUAUCCAUAGCUUCUAAAAUUUUCAUUGGCAUCUUUAUAUUCUCUCUUCCAGCCCUACCCAACUUGUUCUCCCCAAAUACACACUAUAGUUUGCAUUUCUAGAAUUUCGUAUAAAAGAAGUCCUACAGUUACUCUUGUAUGGCUGCUUUUACUAAGCACAUCUAUAUAUUUUUUUAGUAUUAUUCAUGUUGUGUGUCCAAAAGCAUGGCAUCAAAUAAGAAUAAGCAAGGCUCUGUACUACUUAUGAAAGUGAUAAUUGUGUAUAAACCACAAAGGUGCUUUUACCUUCUGACAAUCAGUCUGAGAAACAGUUGUUUAAAGUGGGAAAGUGAAGCUUAAACUGAACAAAUUUAAGUUCAGUUUCAUAUGAAUUCACUAUCAAUAAAAAUGUUUUA